AUGGAGGCGGAUUGGAACGAGUUGUUACGUAUCCCGGUUCCCCCUCCGAACCCGCACGCGCUGCCGACGAUCGCGACAACAAUUGCUUUUGAUGAUGUUUCGGAACUUUUGUGGGCGGGGAAUGAAUAUGGCCGAGUCACCUCCUUCUACGGACCUGAACUUCAGAGGUACACCUCCGUUCGUGCCCACCCUGUCACCGAAGGCCCGGUCCGCCAAAUAUUAUUUCAUGAGAGAGGCGUUAUAUCACUUUCUUCGAAGAGUGUGCAUAUGAUUACACGGCGCGGCCUAACGCAAUGGCACGUCACCCACGAUGAAAUUAAGGAACUCCGUUGUAUGAGCUUUACGGCUCAAACGAACAGAAUCAUAGUUGCGGGAUGCCAGAAGGCAAUGUUUACCAUUGAUAUCGAUAAGGGAACGAUUGUCGACAAACUACGAACAGAACAUCACUAUGUGAUAAUGAAGAAAAGCCGCUACCUUUGCGCCGCGACAGAUACAGGAUCUGUCAAUGCGCUGAGUUUGUCCGAUUUCAGUGUUGUGAAGUCCUGGAAGGCCCAUGGAGCGGCGGUAAAUGACAUGGAUGCCCGGAAUGAUCUUUUGGUCACUUGUGGUUUCUCAGUGAGACACCUUGGGUCUCCGAUCGUUGAUCCACUGGCGAACGUGUAUGAUCUGAAGACCCUAUCACCUUUACCCCCUAUCCCAUUCCAUGCUGGGGCUGCAUAUGUCCGUAUGCACCCAAAGCUACAGACGACAAGUUUUGUUGCGUCGCAAACUGGCCAGCUUCAGGUUGUGGACCUUAUGAACCCAAACGCCUUUAAGCUUCGCCAAGCCACCGUCUCCUUUAUGCUGGGCAUUGAGAUUUCGCCAUCCGGAGAGGCACUUGCCAUAAACGAUGCAGAAUGCUCGAUUCAGCUUUGGGGAUCUCCGGCAAAGAUUCACUUCAAUGAAAUGAGUAAGGAAGUUGAAUUCGCCGAUGUCACUCCACGGCCACCUCCCCUUGACUGGUCGCCAGAGACUCCAUUGAAUAUGAUUGCGAAUCCCAAGAAAACCCGAAGAUACCAGGUCGAAAACACUCGUGCAUUGGCCUCUGAACCCGCACUGAUUGCACCGAAAUUCUUGAGUGAAAAGGCAAGAGACCAAAGCAAGGCAAGACUAGAUGAUGCCGUUGGCGACACUGCUGGUGCUCUUUCUGGCGCGAAGAUUAGUGGAGAAUCAGAGGAUGACCCUCUGUUGAAGUACAGCAAUGUCGAAAUCAAAUACAGUAGAUUCGGAGUUGAUGAUUUCGACUUCAGGUUUUAUAACCAGACUAAUUUCUCAGGGUUAGAGACCCAUAUCGCAAACUCAUUUACCAACUCCCUCCUUCAACUCUUCAAGUUUAUUCCGUUAAUACGAAAUGUUGCUCUUCACCACGCUGCUACUUCUUGCAUAGCUGAAAGCUGUCUGCUAUGCGAAAUGGGGUAUCUUUUCGAUAUGUUGGAGAAGGCCAAUGGUCAGAACUGCCAGGCAACAAAUCUACUCAAAACCUUCAGCAGUUUCCGUGAAGCUUCGAGCUUAGGGUUGCUAGAAGAAAACCUCACAAACAAAUCUCUUUCGGUAGCCAUUCAGGCCGUCAACCGAUUCUUCCUUGGCCAGAUUGCGCAGGACUUCCGUAAGAUCAUGCCAAGCUCAGAAGAUCUCGACAUGAGGAUGUCAACUAUUGCACUAGAAUCUAUUCGGUGCAUGUUUUGCCAGAACGAAAUCGUGAGACCAGGGAAUACACUUGUCAAUGAGCUUAUUUAUCCCACGGUUGAUAUAAAACAAGCCCGUCGAAAUCCUGCUUUUCGGUUCUCGAAUAUUCUGAGAGCAAGUAUUGAACGGGAGGCACAGAAUCGGGGAUGGUGCAAUUAUUGCCGGAGAUAUCAACAAGUGGCUAUGCGGAAAACAGUACAUCGCAUGCCCCUUGUGCUGAUGAUUAACGCAGCCGUGAAUAACCCCAUUUGUCGACGUCUUUGGACGAUUCCUGGAUGGCUGCCAGAGGAGAUCGGCAUUGUUGUCGAGGGCGGCCAGAUCCUAUGUGUUGAAGGGGAGGAUUUGAGGUUGCGUAUACACGGAAAGAUGCCUGGCCUAAUUGUAUAUGAUUUGGUUGGGUUGGUUGCGGAAAUUGAUAUUCCAGAACACCAAAAGGCUCAUUUGGUCUCGUUUGUCAAUGUCUCCGUUUCGUCCCGUGAGCAGGAGACGAGGAGUAGAUGGCAUCUUUUCAACGAUUUCUUAGUCACAGAGGUGGACAAAGAUGAAGCUUUACGUUUCAACCAGCCGUGGAAAUCGCCAUGCGUGCUUGCAUUCCAAGUAAGAGAUGCGCGACAUGCAGUGGAUGACACAUGGAAGGACUACCUGGACACGACGCUGCUUUUCCGUGACUGGUCUCUGAACAACGGGCCCCCUGUCGAAUCGCGUGUCAUGCUUUCUGAGGAGGAAAAACCGACACCUGGCACACCUGUUGCUCUCGACACAGAAUUCGUCGACCUCGAAAAGGCGGAAAUUAACGUUAAAGCGGAUGGCUCACAAGAAAUCGUCAGGCCAAGCAAAAGUGGACUUGCUAGGGUGUCUGUACUUCGUGGUUCAGGUGUACAAGAGGGCGCUCCUUUCAUUGAUGAUUACAUAUCUGUCAAAGAACCCAUCGUUGACUAUGUGACACAAUAUUCGGGUAUCAAACCGGGCGAUUUGGAUCCACGUACCACUUCACAUAAUAUUGUGCCGCUUAAAGUUGCAUACAAGAAGUUGUGGCUGCUUCUCAACCUUGGCUGUGUGUUUGUUGGCCAUGGCCUGGCCUCGGACUUUCGGAAAGUGAACAUUCAAGUUCCCAAGAAACAGACGGUUGACACGCAAUACUUGUUCUUCCACCCCGGGAAAAACAGACGACUGAGUCUUCGAUACCUAGCAUGGGCUGUGUUCAAAGAAUACAUCCAAGAAGAACCAGCAGACAGCAACCAGGGCCAUGACUCAAUUGAGGAUGCGCGUAUGGCCCUCCGACUAUGGAAGAAGUUCCAAGAGUACGAGGAUGCAGGUAUUGUGGGGCAAAUCCUGGAAGAGGUCUUCCGUGAGGGAUCCAAAUUGGGAUUCAGACCUCCGGCUCGCAACGGCGUGGCCACAGUGCUUUCUCGACCUGGAACUGCAGUAACGAUGCAGAAUAAUAACAGUGGCCGCAAUACACCCAGCGCGCCUGAUGUUGGUGCCGCCGCCGCCGCCGCAAGUGCACCAGCUACCCCGCGGCAGGCGUUCCGACGAUCCAUUGCCUUGACGCCGAGCAAUGGCACGUUUUCUGGGCCCGGAUCGGGGGAGUUCUUUGGCGGCAGUCCGCUGAAGUAA